UUCGAAGGAGCCGCUUCGCCAAAUGUUUUCCAGAACGACUUGCUUUUUCAGAGCCAUUUUGUCAAAAUCCUGCCAAACAUACACUAAUUACUAAAUACAAAUGAAAGGGAAAUUCCACUCUUUAACCUUCUGGAUGGAUGGCAUACAGAAUUCAGACAACCAAAAACCUUAAACUUUCAUCCACCCACACUCAGCACAAAGCAUCCAGCAGCCAUGGCCGCCUCGCCGGAGGGCGAGGGCCUCUUCGUUGACCCCGAGCCCUUCUCCCCGUCCAUCUUCCUCGACCUGUCCCCGACGCCCCGCCCCGAUGGCAACGGCGAGGCCCCGGCCUCAUCAGACGACCUCGUCCUCCCCUUCAUCUCGCGGAUCCUCAUGGAGGAGGACAUCGACGACCAAUUCUUCUACCAGUUUCCCGACCACCCCGUGCUCCUCCAAGCCCAGGAACCGUACGCGCAGAUCCUCUCUGACGCAGCCGCGGCUCGCACCAACAGCGCUGCCUCGGGCUCGGGCUCCCCCGCCACCGUCUCGCCGUCCUCCUCCUCCGACCCAGCCCAGCUCCUCCUGUCCCCGCCGUACCCCGAUGCGGGACUGCACGACUUCACCAACGACCAUGUCGGCACCUUCUUCUUGCCCGCACAAGGUGGUGGCAGCCCGGAGUUCGAGCAGAGUCCGGCGCAAUUGAGGACCACAACCUUGCCCGCCGGCGACGGCGACCACGCGGCGCUGGCCUCGGUCUUCUUCAAGAGGGAAGACGCGGACGCGGAGAUGCUCAACAAGGCAUUCCUCAAGGGUAUGGAGGAGGCCAAGAAGUUCUUGCCCACCACCAACAGCCUCCUAAUCGAUCGUGGGGCAGAGGAGGUGGAGGAGGGAAUUAAUGGCAGGUGCCGUAAGGAUAGGGACAGGCUCAGUUGGGAUGACUUGGAGGCUGAGACGUGCAGGAAGAGCAAGCUGAUGGUGCCUGAGCCUGAGGAAACUGGCGAGAUGGUAGAUGAAAUGAUUGUCAAUGGACUGAAAUUGUGCCUCAAAGAAAUGGAGGCCCUGCGAAUCACCAUGGGCAGUGAGGCUAAGAAGAAGGCAAGGAAGGGCAAAGGGAAGUCGGCACAGGGAAGGUCUAGCUCCAACGAGGCGGUGGAGCUGAGCACCUUGCUCAUCCACUGUGCACAGGCCGUGGCCACGGACAACCGCAGGAGUGCGACCGAAUUGCUGAGACAGAUCAAGCAGCACUCGUCGCCGAAGGGUGAUGCCACACAGAGGUUGGCACAUUGUUUUGCAGAGGGAUUGGAGGCGCGGCUGGCAGGGUCAGGGAGCCAGCUCUACAGAUCUCUCAUGGCUGAGCGUGUCUCGGUCGUGGAGUACCUCAAGGCCUACUGGUUGUACCUGGCAGCUUGCUGUUUCAAAAUGACGGCAUUCAGGUUCUCCAACAUGACAAUCCUCAAGGCCAUCGCUGGGAGGAAAAAGGUUCACAUUGUGAAUUAUGGCAUGGAUUAUGGGGUUCAGUGGCCAAGUUUGCUAUACCAUAUGGCGAACUUGGAGGGUGGGCCACCUGAAGUGAGGAUCACCGGCAUUGACCUCCCCCAGCCUGGAUUCCGCCCAGCCAUGCGGAUUGAGGAGACAGGGCACCGGCUCAGCAAUUAUGCUCGUCAGCUCGGUGUGCCAUUCAAGUUCCAUGGCAUCACAGCGAAGUGGGAUACAGUUCGUGUUGAUGACCUGAACAUUGACCCUGAUGAGGUACUCAUUGUCAAUAGUAUCAUCCAGUUUGGAAAUUUGAUGGACGAGGGGGUCAACAUCGAUAGCCCAAGUCCUAGGGAUGUUGUCCUCAGAACCAUUCGCAAGAUGCAACCUGAUGCGUUCAUCCUUUAUGUCAUGAAUGUCUCAUACAGUGCUCCAUUCUUUGUAACACGUUUCCGUGAGGCGCUGUUCUUUUACUCCGCAAUGUUUGACAUGCUGGAUGCCACGGCUCCACGGGAUAGUCACCAGCGCUUUUUGGUUGAGCAGCACCUCUUUAGGCAGUGUGCCCUGAGUGUUGUUGCCUGUGAGGGCAUGGACAGGGUGGAGCGCGCGGAGACAUAUAAGCAAUGGCAGGUGCGGAACCACCGGGCAGGGCUAAGGCAGCUUCCAUUGGAUCCAGAUCUUGUAAAGACCUUGAGGGACAAAGUUAGGGAUCAGUAUCACAAGGACUUCGUCAUUGAUACGGAUCAUAAUUGGCUCCUGGAAGGAUGGAAGGGACGCAUACUCUAUGCCAUGUCGACAUGGGUUGCAGAUAAUCCUGUCUCAGAACUUUAGCUGCUUUUCUCACUGCAUACAGAAAUAUCGAUAAUUGCAACUAUACAUAUAUGAUUCUGAAUUUCUGUUUUACCAAUGAACUUCAUGAGCUUCUCAGCAGCUUUGGUGGAAGGUAUGCAUACUUUAUGCCAUGUCGACAUGAGUUUCAGAAUUCAGAUGAUGCUAUCUCAGGACUUUAAUGGCUUUUCAUCACAAGAUACAGAGAUAUAUGCCUCUGUUGUAUGUGGUUCAACAACACUUAAUUUAAAGAUGCUUAGAUAUAAGCAGUAGAUGCAUUAUAAUGUCUUUUAAUAAUGUAAUAGUAGAUGCUUCUUUAGGUGUUCUUGUUGCUUCUUAUAUCUGCAUAGGAUCUUAGAUUAGUUCUCGGUGUGUUGCUGCAGAACCUGUGUAAAUGUAUGACAAACUGAAAGGCCACUUGUGGUACCUGUGUUGUGAAGUCCACUUUUUGUUGUAACAUUGUAUUCCAUUGCAUCUGGAAAGAGUAAACAGACACAUGAUUAAGCGUUAAAAGCGCACCUAUUACUCUGUCAUUCAGAGUAGUGGUUUCUGCUGCUUUUUUUU